GCUUCUUGUUGGUUUUGGCAAUUGGCAUUAAGAGUGCAGAAUCAUUGUCACCAGGUAUGUGGAGGAGUGGUAGAAGAUAGGGUGGAGGAUAGGGCAGUGGAUUGACUUCAUGGAUGAGUACAGGCCCAUGGACUUGAGCCUCAUGGAGAGUGUGUGGUGGGUCUUUUCCAAGCCUUUGAGAAGGGUCUUGUUUAUAAGGGUUUCAAGGUCAUGCCAUACUGCACUGGAUACAAGACACCAGAGCUGUCUAAAUUUGAAGAUGGAUGUCCCUGCCCCUGAAAUUAUGGUGACUUUUCCAAUAAUCAGUGAUCCACAUAAGGCAGCUUCCAUAGACUGGAAAACAACUCCAUGGAUCCUUCCUAGUAAUCUUGCCAUUUGUAUCAAGGCAAAUAAGCUUUUUCAAUGGAUGUUGGGUAAUUGGUGGCACAAGUUUGAUGCCUCAACCUUAUGUAUCCGCACGUGCAUAAGAUGGGGUCCUCAAGAAGUUGGCCGAGGAAGGAAAGAUAAAUAUAGCAGACAUUGGGUUAUCCGAAGCUAAUGUAGACACAAUGACAAGAAGGCUCUUGUUU